AUGGAGGUUCCUAAGUGCAGCACACAUUCCUGCUCAAAGUUCUGGUCCCGGUUUUGGGCACUUGCUUGCUCUUCUUGGAGCUCAGAGAAGAACAGUGAAAGCUCUAUUACACCUCUUCAGUGUGAGGCCUUAAGCAGCCAUGAAAAAAUGGGUGCACAGCCUUCCAGCAACAGCAUUCCAGCCUCUCUGCACAAACAUCAGCCCUGCCUUUCAGCAGCUUCCAUAACCAAAGAAUAUAGCUGUGAGUUUGGGUCACUAAAGUAUCUGUUGCUUUGUUCUCUGGGUGGUGUCGUGAGCUGUGGAUUAACUCAUACAGCAGUAGUGCCACUAGAUGUGGUGAAAUGCCGAAUGCAGGUGGAACCUAAACGCUAUCGGGGACUUGUGCAAGGCCUUACUCUUACAGUGAAUGAGGAGGGAAUGAAUGGUCUUGUCAAGGGAUGGGCCCCAACAGCCAUAGGUUACUCCAUGCAAGGACUUUGCAAGUUUGGCCUUUAUGAGACCUUUAAGAUAUAUUAUACUGAAUUGUUGGGACCUGAAUAUGCUUAUUUGUGGCGGACAAGCCUCUAUCUGGCUGCCUCAGCCAGUGCUGAGUUCUUUGCUGACAUUGCUCUGUCCCCAAUGGAAGCAGUCAAGGUACGAAUUCAGACCCAGGAAGGCUAUGCCAGUAGACUGCGGGAUGCCGCUCCAAAGAUGUUCCUUGAAGAGGGGCUGUGGGCUUUCUACAAAGGAGUGGCUCCCCUCUGGAUGCGCCAGAUUCCUUAUACCAUGAUGAAGUUUGCCUGUUUUGAACGAACUGUAGAGGCGAUCUAUAAACAUCUCAUUCCCAAGCCCCGCGACGAGUGCACCAAAAUGGAACAACUUGGAGUCACCUUUGUUGGUGGUUAUAUUGCUGGCGUCUUCUGUGCUAUAGUCUCACACCCAGCUGACUCUGUGGUAUCUGUACUCAACAAAGAAAAGGGCAGCACUGCCACUGAUGUCCUCAAGAGGCUGGGCAUAUAUGGCAUCUGGAAAGGUCUCUUCACCCGUAUCCUGAUGAUUGGUACCCUCACUGCCCUGCAAUGGUUCAUCUAUGAUUCAGUUAAAGUUUACCUCAAGCUCCCUCGGCCCCCACCACCUGAGAUGCCUGCCUCUUUGAAAGAGAGUUUGUCAUUAAAAUAG